GGUGGCAAAUGCGUCAUUUCAUAGUCACCACACCAACGCCAAAAACCGCGUCGUUUACAGCGCGCAAUACAAAACCAUUUCCCCCAUCAUCAACUCCACCUUUUUCCCUUCCAAAUAAUUAUCUCAUAAAUUAAUCAUUUAUUUUAAUUUAAUUUAAGCUUCUCUUCUAUUCCUUUCUUCUUAUACCCAUCCAUUUUCCUCCAUCUCUUUCUCUCUCUAUAUCUACACCCCCAUAUACAUACAUUCUGCAUAGCAAUUUCGAUCCCAGUUAACAUUUCAACAAUUCGUCGACCAUAAUCGCGGGAUUUGAUCGCCGAUAUCAAGCGGCGGCAUUGACUGAUCUGCCAUAUCUUAAGAUAAAACUCGGAAAUUCCCAUAAAAAUUUGUCGGAUAUAUAUUGCAGGAAAAAAAGGAGACGGAAAAGGUUUUUGCGUGUAUAGAGCUGUGGCUCUUUUUGACAUACGCAGAUAAUUCCGUUUCGGUAAAUUAGGGUUUUUGGUGUAUUUUAGUUUUGGUUGGGCAAUAUGUUGGGGCCAGGGUUGCAGUUCAAUAGGAGUAGAAACGGCGAAGAUCGGUUUUACAGCGCGGCGAGGGCUCGACUGAGUCAAGAUUAUUUGCGUAGGGCUCAGAGUGACGUCACCCCUAGCCGGUCAAGGAGUCGGCCGGAUGAGCCGCUGCCGGAGAAGUCGAACGCAGAAAUUCCGGCGUCGCCGCCGGUGUCGGAGCCCUCUCCUUUGUGUAAUCUGGAGAGGUUCUUGGAAUCGGUCACGCCAUCGUUACCGGCGCAGUAUUUAUCCAAGAUGAAAGUGAGGAGUUGGAGAACAUGUGAUGUAGAAUACCAGCCCUUCUUUGUGCUAAGUGAUUUGUGGGAGUCAUUUAAAGAAUGGAGUGCAUAUGGUGUUGGAGUGCCUUUGAUACUGAAUGAUCGUGAUGGCGUUGUUCAGUAUUAUGUGCCCUACCUGUCGGGCAUUCAAUUGUACGCUGACCUUUCAAAGAGUACAGCAAAAUUAAGGAGACUUGGUGAAGAAAGUGAUGGCGAGUAUUUCAGGGAUUCUAGUAGUGAUGGAAGCAGUGAUAGUGAACAGGAGAGGGGUGGCAUGAACUAUUCUCGGGAGCAGCCAAGUUACCUCCAUAGCAGUAAUAGUCCUCUCACAGUAGAUCAGAUGGCAGUGAGAGCGCAUCAAAUGGCAUUUCAAGAAGGUUUCUCUAGCGACGAAGGUGAAUCUGGAAGUUCUCAGGGGUGCUUGUUGUUUGAGUAUCUCGAACGAGACCCCCCAUAUUCUAGGGAGCCUUUGGCAAACAAGAUAUCCGAUCUUGCUCUCCACUGCCCAGAACUAAAAACGCUGAGGAGCUGUGAUCUACUUCCGACAAGCUGGAUAUCUGUCGCCUGGUACCCGAUUUACAGAAUACCUACGGGUCCAACCCUCAGAGAUCUGGACGCUUGCUUCUUGACUUUCCAUUCUCUCCAUACACCCAUGACCGGGAGUGAAGUCGUGCAUCCCCCGGUCGUGACAUACCCCAGUGAGAGCGAUGGCGCCCCUCAAGUUUCACUUCCAGUCUUCGGGCUGGCUUCGUACAAAUACAAAGUAUCGCUGUGGACUCCCCACGCAGGGCAUCAGCGGCAGCUGGCUAAUUCUCUGUUGCAAGCUGCGGAUAACUGGCUAAACUUGCACAGAGUGAAUCACCCUGAUUUCUCCUUCUUCUGCCGCAGAUAACUAUGUUGAUUUCACCUAGGUUGUUUUGCUCUGUUAUAAUGUAUGUGAUGAAUAUUUGAAAAAAGUGAAAAAGGAAUAGAAAAAAAGAAGUGGAGAGGGUUGUAGUUGGUGUUAUGAAAGACAGAGCAGGAUGUUUUUGGUGUGCUGAUGAGAUCUAAUGUAGGUUGGAGUUAUUUACAUGAGGAUUUUGGUAGAUAGUGUCAUGUUAUGUAUAUACUAGUAGUAUGUUUGACAAAUAUAGAAAAUGGUGUUUACUUCUUGCUAUUGAUUA